GCUCUGUCUUCAUCACAAUGAACCCUGGAUAUGCUGGGCGAUCAGAAUUACCUGACAACUUAAAAGUAAUCUAUUGACAACUAGUUAAAUUCUCUUGAUGUGCUGUAGUCUUCCAUGAGUAAUAGAAAGAUAUUAAAUACAAAACGUAAUUCAAAAAAUACACUUAAGUUAAUAAAAAAUAAAUCAAAUGUGUUUCUCUUAAGUUCAUUAAAAAAAAUUUUUUUUUUUCAGGCAUUGUUCCGAACAGUUGCCAUGAUGGUGCCAGACUACGCUUUAAUCUCUGAAAUUUCUUUAUACUCAUGUGGGUUUGUUAUGGCUCGCCCACUGUCAGUGAAAAUUGUGGCAACCUAUCGACUAUGCUCAGAACAAUUGUCAUCACAAAGUCAUUAUGAUUAUGGCAUGCGAGCUGUGAAGUCUGUCUUAACAGCUGCUGGAAACCUGAAGGUUUGUCUUCAUGUCACUAUGUUAACUACUGGCAUCUGUCAUUUUAAAAAUUGGAUUAUGUUAUAAUUGUACUUAUAAAAUAUGUCACUUUUUUUAAAGGCUUAAACUAGAAAAGCUAGGUACAAAUCACAAAGAUCAAUGAUUCAGAAAAGGUUGGUCUGGAUUUUCUUAGAUCAAAAAAAUAUUUGAGAGAAAAUGUAAAAAUUCCUUGUUAAAUAAGUAUUUCUUAAGGUAGUCCCAUUCUAUGCAGUAAUUUUAUCAUUCAUAUAUUUUAAAAGCUAUAUUUGAAGAAUACUUAUAAUUUAGUAUCUUUGUGGAAAUUAUUUGACAUUUUAUUUGAAAAGCCAUUGUAAGCCUGGUGUCCUGGUCAACUUAAUUUCAAAUUAUUGUUUUAAAAAAUGUCAGAAAACUAUCCAGUUCACUUAAAGUUUAUUGUACUAUAUAAAGUUCACAUUUGUUACAAAUAUUUUUAUUUUUUAGAAAAUAUCAUGUGUUGUAUUUUUAAGCAAAGCCACUAUUACAAGCUGUGGACUUUAUUUCCAGCUACGCUACCCAGACCAAGAUGAAAAUAUCUUGAUGUUGAGGUCUAUCAUUGAUGUCAACCUGCCCAAGUUCCUCAACCAAGACCUGCCGUUAUUUGCCGGCAUAACGUCAGAUCUGUUCCCCGG